AUGCCUCUGAGUGUGUACAAAAAGCUGAAGGUAGGAGAGCCAAAUUCUACCACUGUCACCUUGCAGUUGGUUGAUAGGUCCCUAGUUUAUCCUGAAGGGAAAGUAGAGAAUGUCUUGGUGAAGGUAGAUAAGUUUAUUCUCCCAGCUGAUUUUAUAAUCUUAGACUAUGAGGAAGACCGAGAGGUUCCAAUUAUUUUGGGAAGGGCUUUCUUAGCCACUGGUGGGGCUGUCAUAGAUGUAAAAGAGGGGGAGUUAGCAAUGAAUGUGAAUGGAGAGCAAGUCAAGUUUAAUAUCUUGAAAGCCAUGAAAUAUCCAAGGGAUAUAGAGGAGUGUUCUAGGAUGGAUAUCAUUGACUAUGUGGUCAAAGAUAAAUUUUGCAUGAGUCUUCAUUAG